AAAUCUGAUAUUCUCAGAAAACCCAAUUUGGAAAAAUGCAUGAUUUCUGCUUCACAAUCCCUUAUGGAUUGAUUUUAGUUGGUGGUGGCCUUUUUGGCUACCUCAGGAAAGGGAGCACAGCAUCGCUAGCUGGAGGUGUGGGUACUGGAUUGGUUUUAAUUCUGGCUGGAUACUUGAGCCUGGGAGCUUUCAAGAAGAAGAAGAACUCCUAUUUAGCUCUGAUUCUUGAGACAGUAUGUAGCGGUGCACUCACGUGGGUGAUGGGACAGCGCUAUUUACAGACUUCUAAGAUCAUGCCAGCUGGAGUUGUAGCCGGAAUCAGUGCUCUCAUGACUUUAUUUUACCUGUACAAGCUCGCAACCGGUGGUAACCAUAUUUCUCCCAAGGCCGAGUGAUGAUUUCAAAUACAUUUUUCAAUAUUCGAUAUGGAAAUGCAUUGGAUCACACUAGAAACUCGAACAAUGUAUUAGUAUACAAAUGAUAUCUCUUCUUGCUAACUUUGAAAAGGUUGGACGUGUAAAUUGAAUGAUCAUUACUGAAUAUAAACCAGCUGGGGUUGAAAGUCUUAGAGUUCUUAUUUCAACGUGUUCUUGGCCGGGCUCUGAUUUGUUGCUCAAUGAGUCUGUCCUUUUUACAUGUGUUCUUUCUUGGAAUCAAAUUUUCUGGGAAACCUUUGGAUUCUGUUA